UGAGGGGCGGGGCCGUGGGGGUGAUGGCGGCCGCGUUGCACUGCGGGACGCAGAGGAAGCGGUAGCGGCGCGCCAGGCAGCGGCGGCGGCGGCAGGCGGAGGAGGCGGCGGCGGCGGAGUGCGAGGGGAAGAGAAGCCCCCUGAGGCGCCGCUUUCACUCGGAGGCGAACUCUGCACGCGCAUCGCGGCGGCCGUGGUCGUCAAGCAGUGGAGCCGGGCGACGCGCGCGCCAGCGGGGCUGAGCCCAAACAUUUGGUCUACAGCACCCCAGAGACAAGCUCUUGGACAACCGUAUCGAGGAGACAUCUCUAACAAAGCCAAGGAAGACGAGCGAGCAGGAGAGUGAGGCACCAUGGCGCAGUGCGCUCAAGGAGCCUCCGAGUUCCUGCAGGACGUGUUCGUGCCGCGCAUCGCGACACUGUGUAGCCCAGAUGCCGAGGCCGUGACGCGCAAGAACAACCUGAGCUUCCCGGAGCUGCUCAGACCGUUCUGCCGCCUCACGUCCGAGGUUCACCUGCGCGACCCCAACAACCAGCUGCACGCGAUGCGCGGCCUGCGUGUGUCCGUGUCGCGGCUGGAGACGCGGGCCCCGGCGCCGACGGCGGCACGGAAGAUGCUGAGCGACGUGGUGUCGGCGAGCCACGCCGCCGACGGUCCCGUGGGCAACCUGCUAUCUGCCGGGGACUAUGACCUCAACAUCAGCGCGACGACGCCCUGGUACGAAGCGUACCGUGAGAGCUUCAUGCAGGUGCUGCCCGUGAGCGACCACGAGUUCCUGCGCCACUACCUGGCCUGCAUGCUGGUGGUGUCUUCGUCUCACGCCGACCCCAUGGACAUGUUUGGGCGGCUGUCCCAGGACCAGCACCGCGUGCAGCACAGCGGGGACUACGCGCAGCCCAAGUGGCUGUCGCCCAACACGCUCAAGUACUACGUGCUCGUGCACGACAUGGCGACGGGGGACGAGCGUAGAGCGGAGUCUGUGUACGAGAGCAUGAAGCAACUGUACGGCUCUCAAGCGUGCCACCUGCUCAAGAUAAACUCCAGGCAGCCCAGUCGCGAUGGGGAGGAGCAGAUACCCGACCCCUGGAGCCAGUACUUGAACCGCUGCACCAGCCUGCACUACGCGAGGUUGCUGGACGGUGGAGGCACGACGGUGUUCAGCUUUACGGAAGGAGAGGACGAGGUCAUGGUGGCCGCCCUGACCGCUGAUCACGAUGGCGCUGGGCAGGGCUGCGACCUGCAGGCGCACCCCCUGCAGCAGCCCCCGCCGUCGUCGUCGACACAGGCCGACGAGGCGGGCUGGGCGCCGGCGCCCGCCGACGUGGGCAACUCGCAGCCGCACCCCGCCGACCCCCGCAGCGCCCUCGGCGUUGGGGGGCCACCCCCCUUGCCCACGGCGGCCGUGGGGGGCUGCGGUGGUGGCGGCAGCGGCGGCGGUGGGGGGGGCCCGCAAACCGCAGGACCCCGGGGCCUGUGUCUGACGCUGGCCGAUCACGAGCGCAUCCGGCAAUUUGUGCACGAGUUCACGGUGCAGGGACUCCUACCGCACGUGGAGAGGAGCAUCCGGCAGCUCAACGACCAGCUGGUGUCGCGAAAGGGACUGAGCCGCUCGCUCUUCAGCGCCACCAAGAAGUGGUUUGGCGGUGCCAAGACCCCCGAGAGAGCCGUGGCAGAGAGCAAGAACACCACGGGCCUCCUGUACACAGCAGAGGCUCCUGAACUUCAGGUGCGGAAGAUGGCAGACCUGUGCUUCCUGGUGCAGCUGUACGACCUGGCAUACAACUGCUAUCACACGGCCAAGAAGGACUUUGAGGGAGAGCAGGCGUGGCUCUACAUGGCCGGAGCACUGGAGAUGGCGGCGCUGUCGGUGUUCCUGCAGCCCAGCGCACAGAGGCAGUACCCGGCGCACUACAUGGAGAAGGCCAUCCAGACCUACAAAGACAACUGCAGGAACGGAGCCCUGGCCGAGCGCUGCACGAUGCUCGCCGUGGAGAUCCUCAAGAGCAAGGGGACGUUCUCGGACGCGGCCUCCAUGCUCAUUCGGUUGAUCAGCGAGGACUCGGACCUCCGCUCGGCCCUGUUUCUGGAGCAGGCGGCUCACUGCUUCAUCAACAUGAGGGUCCCGCUCGCGCGCAAGUUUGCCUUCCACAUGAUCUUGGCGGGACACCGCUACAGCAAAGCCAGUCAGAGGAAGCACUCCCUGCGCUGCUACAGCCAAGCGCUGCAGGUCUACAAGGGCAAGGGCUGGUCGCUGGCCGAGGACCACAUCAAUUUGACCAUCGGGCGGCAGUCCUUCACCCUGCGGCAGCUCGACAACUCCGUGUCGGCGUUCCGCCACAUCCUCAUCAAUGAGAGCCGGCAGUCGCCCAUCCAGCAGGCUGCGUUCCUGCGCGAGUAUCUAUACGUGUACAAGCACGUGAGCGGCGCCGGACCGGAGGACCCGCUCCCGCAGCUGCCCCUGCCGUACGUCGACAGCGCCGCCACACGUCUCUUCCUCGGCCACGACCACAAACCCGCGCAGGGCGAGAUGCAGGCGGCGACUCACAUCUCGCUGGACCAGGAGCACGACCGCGAAGCGGCGGUGCAGUGGCGCGAGCUGGAGGAGGUGCUGGUGUCGGCGGCGGUGGCGGCGCGGGGGGGCGGCAGCGGCGGCGGCCCCACGUCGGCCGCCUCCUCCUCAGCCCUGGCCCCCUACCAGCAGUGCCUGAGCGCGCACACCGACAACACGCGCCCUCCCGUCGCGGUGCUGCACGAGCCCAUCACGGUGGAGGUGUGCUUCAGGAACCCCCUGAAGAUCCCGCUGGUCCUGACCGACCUGGCGCUGCUCUGGAAGUUCCAGGCGCGGGAUUUUCUCUCCCCGGCGCCGGCCGACACCUCGCCAUCCGCCGUCACCAACGAGAAGAUGCCGGCAGGAAGUGACCUCAUCAAAACGGAAGUCAAUCCCGAGUUUGUUCUGCAGAGCGAGGAGACCAAAGCCGCGAGACUGCGUCUCUUGCCGAAGCAGACGGGGGAGCUGCACAUCUUGGGCCUCGUCUACAGCCUCAGCACCCUUCCCUCGGCGGCCGUCGACCCCGAAGAUCCCUUCAGCGCAGUGAAGGUGCCCGGAAACGGCAUGGUGGUGCGCGGCCGCCAGGACCUGGAGGUGCAGGGCCCUCGGCUCAACGGCACGCUGGCCGAGAAGACGACCGUGCAGUACGGGCCCGACCGGCGGCUCGACCCCCUCGUCACCCCGCCGAUGCCCCUGCUGCAGGUCUUCUUCAUAAAUUUCCCGUCGGCGCUGCUGUGCGGCGAGAUCCAGAAGACGCACGCGGAGUUCGCCAACGUGGGGCCGCGGGCGCUCCUCUCGCUCCGCGUCGCCUCCCGCAACCCCGAAUUCUUUACCUUCGGUGACGGCGCCACCGCCGCCGGCGCCACCGCCGCCGGCACGUACGCCACGAGGCCGCGCCCGGCCCAGCCCUGCGUCACCCCCGUGCCGCGGCAGCCGGCGCCGGCGCCGCCGACGCAGCCUCGGGGUCGCCCCCUGGCGGCGACGGCGUCCCAUGGCAUCGUGGAGGUGCCGCUGCCGCACGGCCGGCUGGAGCCCGGCGCGACGCUCCGGCUGCCCAUGUGGAUCCGCGGGCCCGAGGAGGAGGGAGUCCACGAAGUGAACUUCAUCUUCUACUACGAGGGCGCGGAGAGGCACCCCAAGCUCAGUCACCGCGUGCUGCGGCACACGGCGGUGGUGUGCACCGCUCGCUCGCUCCGGCUGACGGCCAAAGCCGCGCGGAGCCACCGGGUGCAGCGCGACGCGCACUCCCUCCUGCUGCAGCUCAACAUUGAGAACCUCAACCAGGUGGAAAGCAGCGUGCGGGAGUUCCAGGUGAGCCAGGUGUCGAGCGUGAGUGGCGAGUGGCUCCUGUCUCCGUGCUUGGCCCCGCCUGCUGGCACAGGGAUAACGCUCGGGCCGCGGGAGAAGAUGAAACUGUGCUUCAAAGCGACGCGCUGCAAACCGGGGUCGUGCGAGGAUACGGGCAAGCUGAUGUACACGGACGUGACCUUCGCUGACGAGCAGAUUCUGAGUUGGGCGACGCCCUGCUCGGAUUUUUUUGCCCGGAGCCGGAGAAGCGGCGACGAACCGGGCGCGGCGGCGGCGUUGGCAGCGGCGGCGGCGGCGCCGGCCUGGGCCCCCGCGGACUCGCCGGCGGAGCUGCACCGGCAGCAGCAGCAGGAGGUUGUGGUGAAGAGCAGCCGUGCCGAGAUCAGUCUCACGCUGCUGUGGAAGGCGGUGGUGGUAGAGGACAAGCGGCAGACGAUCGUGGAGGGGCAGCACCACGUUCGGCUGGAGGACAUCGGCACGGAGGUGACAUCACCUCCUCUCCAGCAGCUGGUGACGGAGCUGCCCCCGCUGAGGUUUGUGCCGGAGGAGCCGGUGGUGACGCCGGCGACCGGCCCAAACCCAGACGCGCUGAGCCGCAUGGUGAAGUGCAGCCUGCAGUACGCGCAGAGGGUCACGCACAACUUCACGGCCAACCGGCUCUGUGUGCUGCCCAUCAACCUCCUCCUCUACAACUGCUGCCCGGCCAGCGUGGAGGUGGCGGUCGACUGCAGGGGUCGCUCGUCCAUUGCGCCCGACGGCUCCGCACGACCGGACGUGCAAUCCGGCUUCAGCUGGUGCGGCCCCACGCAGCGCCGCCUGUCCCUGGGCGCCCUCUCCACGCACCGCCUCCGUCUCGCCGCCGCGUUCACGCGCCCCGGCGUCUACAACCUGGGCACGGCGCACGUGUCGGCGCGCCUCCGCGGCGACGCCGAUGCCGUCGCAUCUUCGGCCGCCGCCCAGCUCCCUCCGACGGCGACCGCCGCCGGCGUUGGCGGCAACGCCGGCGGUUCCCAGCAGCUGCUGGUGCGGCAGCACCUUCCCGCGCCGGCCUUCAUGAUCGUCGAGCAAGGCACGGAGGAGGCGGUCGAGUGAAAUCGAGCGCAGGGUGGAAAUCGUCGAAGGUGGAAUUUGUCGUUGGGAUCUUAACACCGUCGCUCACCCACACGCCACCUCCCCCCCCCCCUCCCCCCGGGUCCUUCGUAAAAUAAAAAUUCUGCUGCGCCCCUCCUGCCGUCAUACCCACCCGCCCGCCUGCCUGCCCGCCUGCCCGCCCGCCCGCCUGCCCGCCUGCCCGCCUGCCCGUGCAUCCCCUUUCCCUAUGGGGCCCUACUGGUGCCGGAUAGAGCCACCGCAGGCUCCGUUGGUCUGCAGGUGCCACCAGCUUCUCUUCUUAGACAGAACGGUUGGCAGUGGUGCACAGAGAACGAGCAACGACGAACGAAAGCUCGACUCGCUCGUCAAUAACGCCGCGGCACUAUGAGGGAAAAAUACCGGUGACCUAUUUGGCCAAUGCUCUUUGACCUCUACGCUACGGGGGCGGGGGGUCAGUGCCCGAAACGUCCCCCUGCUGUGCUGUUUCCCCUCUGCAGUGUUGGCGAGAAAACGCUUCAUCUUGUUGUUAUUCCUCCUCUUGAGAGCGACCGAGAAAGGUGGUUUCCUUCGGCCAGGGUCGUGUUGAUCUGCCGCACACGGCACCGCGCGCGGUCAGAGGGACCGCCACCUGCAAAACAAACGUCUCGUGGGUGACGCGUCCGCGCGGUCGGCGCCUCAACGAUUUGUCGCUCUUGCGCAAGAAGCAGGGGCGUACACGCAGUGCGUGCGUGCGUGCGUGUGUUGUUUUCCAACUGCUCGACGUGACCCCGUCCGGCGGCUAGAUGCAACACGGCGGUGUUUGUUGAACGGCUAUCAAAUCCUAGCGACGACAACGCGCGGUACAGCGACAACAACAACAGCAACUCGCGGUGCCGCGCGAUACAGCACAACCGUGAACGCCCACGGCAGCCUCCCUCGGGGGUUACGAUUUGCGAGCCGACUGCUUUUCGAACGCGCCGAGCGUUGCGUCGCGUUGACCCGGGCGUCGCAACAAGAGUUCCGUGAGCUCGGUCGAUCUCACGAGAGGCUGCUUGGUUGUCCUGAGUGUGUAAUACAGGACUUGGUUCUAAAUUACGAAAGUCCACUUGGUAGCCAGAACAACCCCAGUAGGCGCGCUGCCUCUCCGCGUAACGAGAGUAAUUCAUCGCUUAACGCGGUAGUGGAUGCGUUCACCGACAAACAGAUAAAAGUGAAAACGAUUUCACCCAUAAAUGUUGUAACGAUAAAGUUUGGCGGGUAUCUGAUCAGCUACGCACACCACACGGCGAGUUGGCGAUACAAAGAUCUGAGGGUACGCUGCCGCGUUACUGUAUCAUUCCGCGUACCGUAUCGUACCGCUGAGCCGCGCAGUUCAAGAGAGUAGUUUGCCGUCGACCGCUCGGAAACCACGUUAAAACGACGGUGUGCGUCCCUUGUUAUAACGGACGCGCGUUCCGCGUUAUAACGGCGCGUGCGGUCCACGUUACAACACGGUGCGCAACUCCGUGUUAUGACGGGAGAGUUGUGAGAAAAGUGUUCCCAAAAUGAAAGAACCGCGUCAUUGCGAGAACGCGUUAUCGUGUGAACGAGCACCACGCGUUAAGCGAGGACUUGCCUUGCUCCGGCGUCCGAGCCGUUUGUUUUUGUUUUCCCCUCUCUCCCUCUGCCGCUCGCUCGCGUCCCCUUUAGCGUUGACAAACCACGCGCGGUGGCUGCACCCAACGGCGGUGUAACCGCGCCGUUUAUGCAACAGUUCCGCGUGCACUGCUGCGCACAAGCGCCAAUAGCAAGACGAAAAGCAUCGCGACACUUUUGUCAAAACAUUAUUUUUGUUCGACUUGCGGCAGUGCUGUUUCACGCGUUAUGCGUUAGAUUUUGUUUUGUGUGUACGACACCAUCGAGGCCAUCGGCGUACACAGUGGAGGGGCGCAAAUAAUUUUGUUUCAUCCGACCUUCAAUCUGUUUCCUAAUUUACAAUUUCGCAUUUGUGACAAAUCUCAAGAGUUGGUGGGUGUGAACAACGCCCCAUAGGUGCGCCGCUCACAAACAGCAGGAAGAAACGACUCCCGGGCAUGCCUCGCGUGCGUGUCAUGUAACCACAAAGUUGUGCGUAUAGAAUGCUCUCGUCCUUGACCCGACCACCAGCUCAGCAGAGCUGAACGUAUGGCCGUAUUGAUGAUUAGAUGAUGGGAGGUGUGGUGGCUUCCUGCCGUUUGCUAGCAGCUCACCUUGGUAUCUCGUUAUUUCUGUUUUGUUUCCAGUUUGCAGGCAUUGUUCAGUUUCGGUGGACUUUCUUGUCGUUUGUAGAAAAGGUUUGAUGUGAUCAAUGGGUCAGUGGUCAGCGACGUGCAGGACAGGAGGGGGCACGAGACACGACACGGUUCCAUGUCAAUCGAAUGUCGAACACUGAACGGAACGAGCGACGCAGAGCGGUCUGCCCUCCGUGUCCAGCGUGCGUUGUGCUCCGGCUCCCCCCCUCCUCCUCCGCGUGCGACACCCUUCGCUUAAUUGUACACACAAACAUUUUUGUUCCCAGCACUUGACACUUAAGAGUUUAGCCGGGGUGGCUGAGCCCCCCACCCCAUCCACACCGAUUGUUAGAGGGCUCCUCUAGCACGGGUAUCUCUACACCACCACUACCACUUCAGUCUCCCCUCCAUCUCCCAACCAGCCUUCAGUCCUCCCACAUGUGCGCUGCCUGAGCUCGUGACCCUGUAGACAGCGCUGCCACGUUUGUGAAAUUAUCCCCCGAUCCCCGAAAUAAUGUGUCACUCGCCCUCUCCGGAUGCUGCCGCGAUGUAAUGGUGAGCACAUUGUGCUUGCAAUCCAGAGCUACUCCAUUCGAGUGUCCUAAAUCCUUUAAUCCGCCCAAUACCCAGCCGACAAGGGGGACAAUGUUGCUGUGGCGUAUCGGUCAGCAGGCGGACUUGCAAUCCCCAGGGACCGUCGGUUCCGUCCGAUCUCCCGGUGUGGUAGUUGACGCGAUGGUGCAAGUUUCUUAAACCUCACAUCCGGCCGUCCACCCAGCAGUAUAAAAUGGGUGCGGCCAAUGGGCAGGUUGCACACGGUUUUGUGGGGGGGGG